CCGAGGGUCUGUGUUACCGCCACCCCGCUUUCUCUGCGCUGGACUCGAAGCUCCAACAAUUCAGCAGCCCAACGUUGGCAUUCCCAGCCUCUCUUUUUCAUCGGUUUAUCUAAAGACGUUCGACAUUCCAAAUCUGCAAUCUCUGCAAUCUCUGCACCUCUGUUUGUUUCAAUCCGUACUACAUCUCCCUCAUUAUGGGUAGCUACACGUUCCGAUGGCCUUACGAAGCCAACGAGGUGUUUGUCACUGGGACUUUUGACGACUGGGGUAAGACGGUGAAACUGCACAAGAAGGGCGAUGUCUUUGAGAAAGAGGUCACUCUACCCCCCUCGGACCAAAAGUUACACUACAAAUUUGUCGUCGACGGAAUCUGGACUACCGAUAGCAACAUUGCAGAAGAAGACGACGGAAGCAAUAACAUUAACAACGUCCUCAACCCCGAUCAAAUCUAUAACGAACUUAACGGCGCUCCGGUGAUGGCUGGCGUGACACCAGACUCGACUACCGCUGCACUUGCAGCUGGUGUUCCCAAAGAAUCCGAAAGAAGCCAAGCGGCAACCAUCUCGUCCGCCGCUCCUCAGUCAACAACCGCAGCCCUCGCAGGACAGGUUCCUCUGGAAAAAGAGGGGGAUUUGCCCGGUACCUUUCCGGAGACACCAUCGAAAGAACCUGAAGAGUUUUCUGUCAGCCCAAUUCCCGCUUCGAGUGGCGUUGGCAACCCAAUCCAUCUGAAACCGGGCGAAAAGGUGCCAGAGUCCAGCUCUUUCAACACUAACACCGUUGGCUCGACUGUGGAUUUGGAUGGGUAUCACAAAGAUGCUAGCGCUCCGGAAGUGCCACCAAAAGAACCCGAGCAGUUCUCUGUCAAUCCUAUUCCUGCCUCGAGCGGUAUUGGCAAUCCGAUUCAUCUGAAACCGGGUGAGAAAGUACCGGAACCCAGCUCUUUCAAUGCCAAUACUGUUGAAUCAACGGUUGAUUUGGACGGGUACCACAAAGAUGCCAGUGCUCCUUUUGUAGGACAGAGCAACACCAACCAGGGCACUUUCGGUCUACCCCCAACCUCCAACAGAAACAUCAUCCCCGAGUCUGGUCUGCCGGUGGGAGAGUCGAAUUUUGGAACCAACACCAUCCAGUCGGCGGGUCCGACUUCGACUACGGCUGCGCUCGCAGGUGCUGUGCCACUGGAGCCCAAGAGGCAGACCAAUAGUGAAGCUCCUGUUGAGGGAAUCCCUCAGAGGGUGAAGAACUCUCUGACCGAGGCCGACCGGCCGCCCGAAGCUGCCGCCCACCAGGCGGUUGUUGAUGAGAAGAAGGAGGUGGAAAAGGAACUUCAGAAGAAUGUGCCACUGGAAGAAUCCGCCGGGACACCCGCACCCACUGCCACGGCCGCCACGGCGGAGACUGCUCCUGCUCCUCUCAACCCCGAUUCGCGACCAUUGUCACCCCGAUCAACACCCCCGCCGGAGCCAACGGUUACUACUGGCGCCAAGGAAGUAAAGACACAGUCAGUCAGUGGACCAGGCGCCGCAUCAACUGGAGCUGAGACUGCACCUACCGCUCAGGCUCAGAACGGCAGUGCUCAGAAGGCUACACAGAAUGGCACUACAAAUGGAACUGCUCAAAGUGGCACCACUCGCGCCGAGCCGACGACGACGACGUCGGCAGGUACCGCCGAGACCAAGAGCUCACCCAAGAAGAAGAGGAACCGGGUGAGCGGCUUUUUUGAGAAGCUCAAGGAGAAGCUCAAAUAAUUGAGUUACGAAGAGCUGAGGUAUAGAAUGAUGAUGGAAGUAUAAUGGUUAUGACUUUCUGGAUACCUUUUUGUGUUUGUUCAGCAUGUUUUGUUUAUUGUUAUUCUGCGUUGAUAUUCCACUCGUACAGUUCAAUUGAUCGUAAUUUAUGAUUAAUCUUAAUUCAUGUCCAUUAUCACUAUUAUU